AUGGCGUCACCCUAUUUAGGAUUCCCGUAUUUUGCUUUGGUUGCACUGUUCUAUCGCCAAACCAAUGGUUUCGUUAGCAAACAAACAGACCUUUAUCAUGUUUGGAAAACGUUGCCUGUAUUGCUGUUGAGUAUACUAUGUUACCUGAUAGGUUCAGGUGCUGGUCUGACAGGUCGCUUACGAACCUAUACAGCAAUAGCACUGUUUUUUGGUGCUCUUGGUGACUAUUCAAUCGGGGAAUACGGAUUACUUAUCGGAGCUUCGUCCUUUCUCAUAGGACACAUCUUUUACUUGCUGACGUUUGCAGACCGAGUUACUAGAAUUUAUUAUCCUAUUGCUAUUGUUCUUGGAACCGUAGAUCUCGCAAUUGCAUACUUGACUUUGACUCCUAUUGCAAUAGAAUACCCAUUGAAGUGUACCAUCUUGAUGGUGUAUACGACUGUCUUAACUGUCUGCGUAGUUCUCAGUGCGUCACUGUUUAUUUAUGGAGGAGUCAACGAACGACCAAAGCAAUUUAACAACUUGAUUCGGCUUCUUGGGUUCGUUCUCUUCUACGGUUCUGACUCGAUGUUAGCACUCCAUCUGUUGGCAUUCAGUAUGCCUUGGGCGGAAGUGCUCAUCCUUUUCACGUAUUUUGGAGCUCAGUAUCUUGUUCUUUGGGCAACAUGUAUCACAAGUCGUCAAUCGAUUAUUCACUAA